AUGCGGCGACCUCCAGAUAAAGACGGACCACCAGUGUCUGAUCGGGACGUGGAUACCUCCAACGCUACUUUGAAUACACUUUUUGGAGGGGCUCGACAGAAGUCAUGGAUGGUUGGCGUGGGUGCUCCAGUACGCCCAACCCCUCGUACGAGUGCGUCGAGAACCUCCGUACCGCAGGUAACGUCGGCGCAGAUAAUAGCAGCGACGAUAUUACCCUCCCCAGCCCCAAGCGAUGAACCAAGUCCAGUUCUUCCACAUACAACUGUCAAUGGAGUUCAGGCGGAACGGGGUCGACAUCGAGAAGAAUCAAGGCGACCUUCCUCGACCACAAUCGCUCCCUCGACACACAUCCAACAACCCUCCUCUACAGAUUUUGACAUCCAACUUCCCCCGACAACAUCUUUCGAAGAAUCGCUCAAUCAAGCUCCACCAGCUCCUCCCCUAUCAAACUCGUCCCCUCCUCAACUUAAUAAAUCAUUCACCAAUUCAACAGGAGUCGCUGAAUCACCAACUACGAUGACCGAUAAUAUCCCGCCGCUACCCUCCUCAGUACUACUCCCUUCAGAUCGACAGCAAGAAGUGGAAGUCCUAGCACAUACGCAGACCCCUCCAACCCAACAGCAUAAUUUUACAGGCUUGAAUCGAGGAUAUCCUCAGACAAACUCACUCCCUGCACGACCUGGUCCCGUACGUGCGCUAAGCCAAGGACAACAAGCUUCGAGACCGCAGACUCAGAUCCAAGAAGCUUCGUCAAGGCAAACUCAGCAAGCUCAGCUUCCAAGUCCCAUGCAAAGCAACAUUGCUUCUCCACAAGCUAAUAUAGGCGUUCCAUCUACAUCAGCGCAGUCUGGAGCAAGGUUAUAUCCUUCGUCUGAAGCAUUUCUUGCACAACCACAAAUGGAGGGUAGACCCCAUCACCCUCCUCCUAGUGCAGCUCCUACAAACCCACGCAAACGACAACGGAUUCAACCGGCUGCAAUGCCUUCCUUGAAACCAAGGGUGAACCUGAUAGAACAGCAUAUCAAGAAUGCUGGGGGCUAUAUGAACCUAAACACUGGCCUCGAGCGGCCUCGCUUUCAAUUACUUACAGAUGCCUGCAAUCGGGAAGAUGCCUUUUAUGUUGCGCUGCAUCAGGUAUUUUGCUGCUGGGAUGUUGACCGCAACCAGGUUGUUAGCAUUAUUGGGUAUCCAAAUGCCCAAGCCUUACAGGUCGCCUUCAGAAUCUUAGGGCAGUUGAUUAGAGAAAACGAUGCACUCGCACCUAACCACAAAAAAUGGUUCUCUGAGUUCCCCAGUCCAUUGCGUCACCUAUUACAAUCAUCAGACCCUUAUCGGAGGACUGUGACAGAGGUUGGGACAUUCUUGAGUAGACUGGCCUCGGACUGGGGUGCAUUGUCUAACGAAUGUUCUACCAGAGGGUAUCCACCUCUUGUGGACGAACUCGUUCAACGUAUGGGCUUGCUGUCGCCCAUUCUCCAGGGGGUGGUCUUCACUGCAAGUCGCCGGAAUUUAGGCAUAAGGGACGAAGAGAUAGGUACGCAGAUGGAGGAUAUGUUCAAAAGGGAUCAACGAGAACAUCAAGCGCUGGCUGCUCGAUAUAACACUGCACGCCCGCCUACAGCACGAGAGGUUCAAGACCGAAAUCGAGCGCUUGCAAGUGAAUACAUCCUUCUUCACAAUCAAUUGAUCCAGCAGAGGCAAUCUUCAGCAGUUUCUUCGGGGUCCCGUAUACCCACACCAGUAGUCCCCAGCAACGAUUAUACUCAACCGGGUGUGAUGAUGAGUUCUCCGAUACCUCAACCUCAGCAAACUGGCAAUCAAGGAAAUUGGAAUCAAAAUAUGCCAAGUCCUGUUGCUCCUGGACACCAGCAAUUCGCCAAUGCAUUGCCCCCUCGACUGCAAAGAGCUACGGACGGCCCUUCGAAUUCGCCAAUGGUCGGCAGUAGGCCACCAAGUGUGGGAGCUCAGCGGGGCUAUACGAACACGCCAAGCCCGACGCUUCUUCAAGGUCUGUCUAUGCACUCGCCUGUUCAACAGAACUUCCCAUCUCCUUCACUUGGGAGAAGUAAUGUUCAAAUGCGAUCCCAGCAGGCCGGAUCACCUCAAUUAGGAGCUCAUCCCAUUGCGCCUUACUACCACAACCCCAUACUGCAGCAAGUCGAUCCAGCAACACAGCAACGCGUGCAGAUCAUAGAACAGCAACAGCACAUGAUGGCCCAAUACCAACAGCAGAAUAAUAACCAGCAGUGGGCACAGAAUAAUUACAUUCAACAUACCCCUCCAGCACAGCAAGCGACUCAACAACAACAACAGCAGCAGAUACAGCAAGAACUAAGCCGCCAAGUUCUCCACAUGAAUCGUACCGUCCAGACAAGACGAGACAGCAACCCAGUAGUAAGCCAACUACAACAACAACAACAGCGGAACAACAGUGUCAUUAGCAAUGGCCAUCGACCGCAAAUCGUUCACGCUGCACCUGCAUUAUCUAGCCAGUUGUUGUCGCAAGCCGCUAACGCCGAGCUUUAUGCGUACAGUCAAAAGCCUGUUCUGCAAAGAUCUCUCGUUCCCCCAUUGCAUUAUGUCCAUCCCCAACAGCCACAAAAUCCUGAUGUGACGGCUUUACACCAGGCACAUAUCCGCAGUCCACGACUUGUCGCUGCUGGAGUCCCCUACUCGAGCAUGUCUCAAGAAAAUCCUGCAACCCGAUACUACCAAGUCGUUCGUGGCUUUGUGCUGGCACCGACCAGAAUCUCUUCGUCAAGUCCGCUGUCGAGAUUUGACUUUGCGAUUCCAGCGCACGACCUCGCCAAGGCCCCCAAUGAUAUUCUACAUGGCAAUGGGCAGGUUGCAACCCGAGAGUUCAGACAAGGCACACUUCAGUACCGUUUACGGUGUGUGCAAGCGAGGAGGACAGACACAAAAUAUACUAUUGCUGACUGGGUUGUGGCUGAUACAGUCUGGCCUGAAAGUGCUUCUUUGGCUAUCAAUAAGAAACAGCUGGAAAUUCGGCGAAAAAAUCAUCACGGCAAGGACUUACCCCUCGACAUAACACACUUUGUCAAACUUUCUGCGCCCAAUUCAACCAAUCUAGUUACCUUAUCCAUCCUCAAAGGUCGAACCAAGAUGAAGGAGUUUAACUACUUCUUGGCAGUUGAAAUCAUUGAGAUCCUCCGUCACAAUCAGAUUCUAGAAUUGUGUUACAACAACCGGAUACCUGCGAGUUAUACAUUGAACAAGAUCAAGAAGAGUCUUGUGGGCCCGAGUGGUGAUGACGAUGAUGUCGCUAUGGUAGUUGGCGACCUCUCUAUUGACCUUGCCGACCCUUUUACUUCAAAAGUAUUCGAGACACCUGUCAGGGGUAGUAGUUGUUUACACCGCGAAUGCUUUGACCUUGAAGUCUUCUUGAUGACUCGCAACAGCAAGGCGAAACGUCCAGAGCAGCCAUGCAUGGUAGAUGUUUGGAAGUGCCCAUUGUGUGGCAAGGAUGCCCGCCCUUACAGCUUACAGAUUGACGACUUUCUCGUGUCAGUCAGAGCCACAUUGCAAGAACAAGGAGAGCUAGAAGACGUCAAAGCUAUAUUGAUGGAUGCUACUGGCAAUUGGCGUCCCAAAGUCGAGAAGCGCAAACCUUCAGAUGACGGCGAAGACAGCGAUUAUUCCAGCGACGGAGAUGGAGCAUUGAGGAGAGCUUCGGCGGCUCAAAAGGUCCAGGCGAAGAAGGUAGUCGAGGUGAUAUCUCUUGAUGAUUGA